AUGAUUAAUGAGAAUCUCCAAGGCAACACACUUGGUCAGUCUUUAAUGCGUGUCAUUGGAGAUUUCGCGUCAAGUCUCACGCCAGAGACAGACUUGUACUCAAUGAGUAGCUGGUGUAGAAAACCUUUCUACGAGGUUGACUUUGGCUGGGGUACUCCUGCAUGGGUUGGAUCUACCUCGACAUAUAACAACAUUGCAUAUGUAUGCCUCAUUGACUCAAAAGAUGGUGCAAGUGUAGAAGCAUGGAUAAGCUUACCCGAGCAAGAUAUCCCGAUCUUCCUCCGUGACCAGGACCUUCUUUCUUAUGCCGUUCUAAACCCCCCGGUCUUGAUCUAA